GAGAUCAGUUGUUUGCUAGCAACGGUCGCCGUGGAUUCCAUGUCUGCCAUGUCUUUGAAUUAACUUACCAAAAUAUUAUACAGAUUUCAUAAUGUCUGGCUUGGCACUAGCUGACGAGACUGCUGGUGAUAUCCCUGUCCGAGACAGUACUUUAAACUUCAGUGGAGCAGGCAUACCAAUUUUAAACAAAGAGUUGAUGCAUUCCCAAAAUGCCCGAGCCAGGCAAACUGUGUCAAAGAUCAGCAGAGAGGACUUGGAGGACCGAUACCUGCGUAUGCAGGAGGAGAACCUCCUACUUAAACAGCACUCGCACAAACAGGAAGACAAGAUCAAGAGGAUGGCUACGAAGCUGAUCCGUUUGGUAAAAGACCGUAAGCGCAUGGAGCAGGCCUCUUCAGCAGGCCAUGUAAUAGCUGGUCGGAAUGUUGAGAUGGAGGAGAUGAUUGAGGAACUGCAAGAGAAAAUUCAUGACUUGGAGAAGCAGAACGAUGGACUCAGGCAGCGUCUGCUCAUUGCAAAGCAGCAGAUUCAGACCCAGAGUCGUAGACCAACCCCCUACAGUCACGUUCAAUCCCGAGUUAACUCAGGGCUGCGCAGACUGCGGGGGGACACACCUGUACCACUUCAGCAGCCAGCAACACCAAGAGGAGGAACUCGACAUGUGGAGGGGGAAGUGAGUAGCAGGCCUCCACAAGGACAUUUACCACGCUAUGGACAUAGUCUUUUGGAUGAGGCUCGCUCAGAGAUCCGUAAUCUGGAGAAUGUGAUAGAAAUGCAGAAGGCUCAGAUGGAAGAGAUGGAGAUAUCAGCAGAGAGGAUACGAGGACAGCUGCGGAUUAAGGAAAGAGAGUAUGAGGAGUCUCUUUUACAGCUAAGAGAGCAGCAGACCACUGGCCAAAGAUCAAACAUUAAGGAAAGUGUGGAGUUGAUAAAGCUGCAGAAACAACUGGCUGAUAAAGGAAAUUCGUUUACUGUGCUGGAGGGAAGAUUCCUUCAACUACAAGAGAGCCAGAAGACCCUUAAGGCGAGCCAUGACACAGCGAUGGCUAAAGUGGAUGAACUUACGGGGCAGCUAAAAGAAGAGAGGCUGAGGAGUCUGGGCCUGGAGAAGCAGUUACAAAGUAAAGCACUGCAAGAGAGGAGGGCGACUGAGUUGCUUGAGCAAAUUCGGGAUUUGGAGAAGGAGAGAGACUUGCUUAAAGAGAACUGUGACAAGUUAGUGAACAGUGCUUUUGAUGUUAGUCAGGAACAGAAGUGGAAGGCGAGAGAGCAGCAGCUCAAACUGCAGAUCGCUCAGUUGGAGAUGGCACUGAAAUCUGACCUCACUGAUAAAAACCAAAUUCUGGACAAGAUUAAAGCAGAGAGGGAUUUAAACGAGAAGCUGAUAAAUGAGAAUAAAGAACUUCAACGCAGAUAUCUGGAACAGAAACAGCAGUCGGAUGAAAUAAAAGACCGCAUGAAGUUCUUUACAAAGGAGAGUGAAGUAGAUGCUGCUGAACUCAGUGAAGCGCUGAUGCUCAUAAAGGUACGUAAAACACAGAAGAACAGAGAGUUGGGUUUCCUCGAAAAAGUAGAAGAGGAGGUUCAAAUAGAUGCAGAAGGGGCACUGAAAGAACUUCAGGCCACUUAUGCUGAAACUGUCCAAGAGCUUGAGAAGACAAGAAACAUGCUUAUCAUCCAGCACAAGAUCAAUAAAGACUACCAGGCUGAAGUUGAAGCAGUUACACGAAGGAUGAACGAUCUAAAGCUGGACAAUGAACUUAAACAGGAGAAACUGGCCCAGCUCCUGGACGCGAGAGCUGCAAAGAUAAAGAAACUUGAAGCCCAAUUGAAAGACAUUGCCUAUGGUACCAAGGCCCAUGUAUUCCGACCUGACGUUACAGCUGAUGAUGUGGCCGAUGAGUUUGAUGAAACGGUACACCUGGCUCGCGGAGAGAACCUUCUGGAGAUCCACCUUGGCGCUGCACGAUUCAGUAGUGAUGCGCUAGGUAGUCUGGGUGACAAAGAACCCACUACUUUCUGCACUUAUGCAUUUUAUGAUUUUGAGCUUCAGUCCACGGCUGUGGUUCGAGGGCAGCAGCCAGAUUAUGAUUUUACUUCGCAGUACCUUGUGAAGGUGGACGACCUCUUCCUGCACUAUAUCCACAGUAGCUCUAUCUCUGUUGAAGCACAGCUGGCUGAGUGCCUGACUUUCCGCACCAUAGCUACAGGACAGAUCCAGCUGAGUCAACUAUUAGAAAGAGAUGGGAAAGUGUUUGGCACCCUGCAGCUCAUAGGAGUUAAUGGAGAGAGCCGAGUUUUUGGCACUUUGGACUACUGGCUGAGACUGAGGGUACCCAUGGAGCAAGCCAUUCGUCUGUACAAGGAGAAAGUCAAAGCUCUGGGCUAUCUUGGCUUCAGUAAUAAAGACCAAAACCAGGCUUCAUCUCCCCCUCUCUCAAGCUCUUCGCUUAAGGAUGGAAACCUGAAUGAGCUCUUCAUCACAUUACGCUGUUGCAGUAAGCUAAAAUCCAGAGGACCUCAUAACCAGCCCAGUCCGUAUGUCAUUUACAAACUCUAUGACUUCCCCGACCAUGACACACCAAUCAUUCCCUCCACCAGUGAACCACAGUUUGAUGAUCACAUGACUUUUCCCAUGUCCAUGAAUGCUGACCUUGAUACAUAUUUAAAAGCAGAGUCUUUGACCCUGUAUGUCUUUGAUGAUCUGGAUUUUGAGAAUCAGCUCUAUCUGGGCAAAGCUAAUGUGCCGCUCAUAUCUUUGGCUCAUGAUAAGGCCAUCACUGGUACAUUUGAGUUAACAGACCCUGCUGGUCUUCCUAGAGGCUUUAUAGAUGUGACUCUUAAAUGGAAGUUUACAUACUUGCCUCCUACUGGCUUAGCAAUGACAGCAGAGCAGGCCAAGUUUGUCACUAAAGAGGCGUCAGUUAGGCUAGCAACUAAUGAAUCAGGAAAUACGAAUGGAGUCGACAUGAAGGAAAACAUUUCUGCUGCGACCCCUUUACUGAAGCCAAGAUUGCUUACCCUUACCAAACCACCUGCUAAAAAAGUCUCGUUCUCAAAUGUGACAGAGCCUGAAAUCCAGAAGGGAGAAAAUACUCCCCACAGUGGUGAUCAGAAGAACAAGCCCUCUACAGUUACAACAUCAAAGAAGACUGUCAGUGUGGAUGAGGUAGGCCAGACGUCUGCAGUAACAGAUGAAGAUGAUGAUGAAGAGUCACAUUUUUCAGAGGGCCAGGUGAUCACAGUUGGUUCUCAGUCUGUAUCUGAUGACUCCGAGAUCUCUGAAGAAUUGGAAGUGCCAGAAGAUGACCUACAGCCAGCAGAGUGCUCAGAUCUGAGUGAAUCGAUUCUUUCAGACAGCGAUGACUGCAUCGUGCCUGCUCAGUCUACCCAGGCCAGGAAACAGCCAUCUGAACGGAUCCGUGUGGAGAUUGUGUCUUUGGAUCUGAAGCCAGGCUCAAGUGUCUCUGCGGACUCUAGUGUGGUCAGGCUGUUUGUUGAGUAUAAUUUCCUGGACCUGCCUUCAGAGGAGACGCCAAUGUCACUGCCGAAACCUCUGCCUGGACACAGCAUCUACUACAACUACAGUCACGUGAUCCAUGUGGAUGUGAAGAAUAAUCAGGCCAGGCGCCACAUGCUUAGAGCAGUGUUGGAGGGCAGAAACAGAAAGCUGGAGAACAUCAGGUUCACGGUAGUGAGUGACCCGCCCGAGGAAGAGGAGCAGGAAAAGGAGUGUGAGGAUGUGGGCGUGGCCUAUUUUCGGAUCUCUGACAUUCUGAAAAUGCAGAGGGACAUGAUGGACAUCAGCCUCGACAUUGUGGAUGUGCAGGACAGCACUGAAGUAGUGGGGACUCUGAAGGUGACUGUAGAAGCUUUGGAGGCUCUCAGAUCCAUCAUGGAUGAUCCAGACCAUGAUCACUUUAAGCCCCAGUCGGAAAGAUAACCGCAGAGAAACAUCAGUGCACGACCUGAUGAAGCAGUCAGUAUGGCUGCUGUGAAUAAAUCAGGUGAAAGCAGUGGGUUUGUUUGCGUUGCAUUGUCCGAGCCAAGUAAAAGUAAAAUCGGGGCUGUGGGUCUAAUGCAUAACUCCAGUGGAAAAUUGGUGAUAAAAUUGUCACAUGCAGAGAAUUCCAGAGCAUGUUUGUUUUAGCUAAGAAUAACUGGGCUGUUGGUAUGUUCAUGUUUAGAAAUGUUAUAGUAUACUUAUAUUUUUAUCUAAUGAUUAAAUCGUAAUAAUCCAUAUAAUUUUCUGCCACCUCCUAGCUGAGAAAGGAGCAUUGAUUUGUUUUACAUAAUCCUCAAAAACAACAAAAGGCAAUAAUAACAGGCAUAUCAAAUACCUUUCCAAAUGAAUCGUAUUGAAAGGCUUUGCUUCAUUCCCUCGACAGUGUGACAUUCAUUAUGAUAUGAGUUCUCUCUGUGGGUCUAAAGCCUCUAGUGCACAGUUUGAUGUGCUGAUGAUGUUUAGCACAUUGAUAACCGCUUAAUGAAAAGCCUGUUAAGUCUUAUUAGGCGCUGUGUGCCACACGGCUGUUUUUAUAUUGAAGAAGUGGAAUGGAAUUUAACUGAAUUUAAUGGGAUUUAACCCAUCUCUUUAAAAUGCUAAUGCCCAUUUUCACGCACGUUACCUCAUAGCAUACAUGCUCCUUCCCUCUGCUGAAUGUUCACUGGUGGUGCACUGGAUUCUUCUGGACUUGACUUGCUUUGGUACAUAACAUUUCUCGGCUUUACUUGUGACAUUUACGUUAAGAGAAUAGUAUUAUAUUUUUUGUACAGGCCAUUAUUUUUGUACAAGUGCACAAAUAAAAAUAGCAAUAUUUAUUUAAACCUUCUUUGCUACUGUUUUUAGAUAUUGUUUAAUGAAAUUAAAUGUCAGUAUUUAUAAAUGUAUUUGAUAUUUAUUAGCUGUCUA